GCAGGCGAAGCAGUCGAGCGGGGCAGGCGGAGCAAUCGAGCGACCCCCCACCCCGAGUCGCUGAUCGCUCAAGGACAACAAGAAGAUGUUCGGCUUCGCGCAGAGGUUACUCGCCAGGCCGCCGCCGCCUCGGCUGCUGCUGCAAGGUUUCUCUCGGGGGAAGUUCACGGCCAUGGCGCCGGAAUAUACGAAGCCCAACUGGCCAGGCGUGGUGGCCUACGUGUCGGGCACGGUGCUACUGUGGGGCCUGCUACUGAAGCAGAACAGCACUGACUGGGCUGAAUAUGAGAAGCGACGUGGCAUAUCCAAAUGAGGAGCCAAAUGAUAUGUUGAUGUAAGAAUGUGAACAUGCAGAAGAGUCGCUGCAAGAAUAUUCCUGUCAGAGUAUAAAUUCCCCUGUUGUGAGAACUAUGUAACAUAUACAUGAGUUGUAUUCUGUGAAAUAUUCGACACAAAUUGUUAAACAUUUAUUUUUACAUCAUCUUAAAUGUUAACAACUGUAGGUAAAACAAAAUACUUUGUCACAUGACAGAACUGUAUGACUAAAUAAAUAUAAAACAUUCACAGUG